CCAAUUUUGUUUUUCCUUUGAUCUCAAGUCGUGUAAACGACGAUGUAAGCUGCAUUGUUUUUCCAAAUAAAGUAAUUUUUCAGCGGAUCCGAUUCCCCUGCUGAAGGCCUUUUGGAGCAGUACACUCGGCCCAAUAAGAUAACCAAGAGUGGAAAGAUGUCGUGCCCCCAGACCUGUGGAGAGAUUAUAGUGGUCAUAUUCAAGGUCAUUCUUGUGAUCAUCUGUCUUCCUGUUCUGCUCGUAGUUAGUCUCGUAGGAAUUAUACUCGGUAUCCUGUGCUGCCCAUUUAAGAUAUGUUGUCCAUGCUGUGCGCCUUGCAUUGAGGGUAUCCUAGACGUCGUGCUCUUCCUCAUAGGGCUACCCUUCAAGUGUAUCAUAUGGGCUACAGUAGGGGGUGAAGAGGAGGGAGGCAAGGGGGACAAGACACCGCUCGACCAAGGCACGACUCCGGCGACAACAUACGACGGGUCGGCGUCACAGCAGCAGACGGCUUUGAGCGCGGAUACGUCAAAAUAGACGUAUAAUUAUAAUUUGGCGGAUUUUCAGGGAAAAAAUGCAGCCGAACUUAAACUUCAUCAUGGUCACAUCUUUUGAAUCUAGAUGCACUGAAAAUACCAACAUCAAAAAUGAGUAAAAAUCAGAACCAGGGACGUUUGUUUAUUUCCUCUAUUCUUUGUUAUUUAUGUGUGGAGGG